CCUCCCUCCCUCCCAUCGUUUUUCUGUAAUCGAGCGUCGAGCAGCGCGACCCGCUCCUCUGCAGCAGUUAUGCGCCCCUCGCGCUGGUCGGGAUCCCCGGUACAAGCAGCCCGACCCGCCACCGGCACCGAGCCCUGGCCCACCCGGACCCCCCCCGGGGGCCACAGCAGCACCAGCAGUAGCGCGUAGCAGGGAUACAGGGGGGGGGGGAGGCGCAGUCUGGUUUACCGAUCGACAAAAAAAAAUGACUCUCCACGGCUCCGGGCUUUCCCCACACGGACGCGGUUCUGCGCGCGAGCCCGCCGGACACCCGGUCCAGCUGUGAGCCAGCCGGUCAUCCUCUGAAUGAGAGUCCGAAGUCGGGUCGGGUGGCCAUGGACCCGUUCAGCCAGCUCAUCCUCACCAUCUCGGUGACCAGCUUCUUCACCUUCCAGUGGCUCUUCCACAGGGUCAGCCCCUGGAUGUCCAGCCGCGUCAGCCUGGGCUUCGGCGGCCUCAGCGACAAGCAGAAGGUGGAGUGGAACUCAAGAACGGUGUCGACAUUCCACGCGCUGUUGGUGGGAAUAUUCUGUCUCUACAUCUUGUUCUUUGAUGAUGCCGUCAAUGAAGACCCGGUCUGGGGAGAUCCCACGCUGGUGAAGACCAAUGUUGCAAUCACAACAGGCUACCUCAUAUCUGAUCUGCUGCUUAUAUUUUACUAUUGGAAGGCGAUAGGCGACAAGUUUUUUGUAGUUCACCAUCUGGCAGCAUUGUAUGCUUACUACUAUGUACUGGGCGAAGGAAUGUUGCCUUAUUUUGCUAACUUCCGUCUGCUUGCUGAGUUUUCUACACCAUGUGUAAACCAGCGUUGGUUCUUUGAGGUACUAGGUUAUCCCAGGUCCUCCCGGCCCAACAUGGCGAACGGCGUUGCCAUGGCGGUAGUCUUUUUCCUGGUCCGCAUCGCCGUCAUGCCGGUCUACUACAGCCGCAUGUGCGCGGUCUACGGCACCGAGGCCUUCUACCUGGUGCCCUGGGGGGGCCGCGUGGCCUGGAUCUGCUCCAGCAUCUGCCUGGACGUCAUGAACAUCAUGUGGAUGCAUAAGAUUGCCCGCGGCUGCUACAAAGUGCUGCGCUCGGCGCGCCGGAGCAAAGCUGGAACACCUCAGGAGAACGGGAAGACGGAUUAAGGGAAAACCAGGGUUUUUGGAGGGGAAAAAAAAAAAAAAGAAGCCACCACGGAAACCCGAGUGGCAAUAUUCUCAGUACACCGCAAGUAGCAGUUUGGACCCUAACGCGCAGACACAGGACUGGACGCUGCAAGAUCCGAAUGUAAUGAGGCAGACCUCUUUCUGGGAAAGCAGGCAAAGUCGCUGAUUUAUAUUCCGAUGGGCCACUUAAACGCUCAUCCCAAAGCCAUUACGUGACCUCGAAGCAAUACUCUGUGUGCACGGCCGACUGGUUGUUUUUCCCGAACGGUUCACAAACACGACGGAGGUCACCCGGGGAAGAAAACGGACUGUUAUCCCAACCACAAAAUUGUCAAAAAAGUUUACUGUUCUUUCCGUGCGCAGCGCUCGGGGAAAAAGGAAAAGAAAGACUGCAGGAUUUGAGUCGCAGAGCGAAUGUGGUGACAUGCAAGCUGCUGUGUGUGUGUGUGAGGAAAGGAAAGAUUAGAGGGAGUCCACCGACACAUUUUCUCACCUCCACAUUGGUCAGAGCCACUGUCACCUUUACCCACCAUCACUCACUUUUUUUAGGUUGUCCGGAAACAAGGCAAAUGGGUUUUAAAAGACACAAGCACUAAAAUAAUUUGUAACUUUUACUAAUGAGAUGAUGUCAAGAUGUCUUUUUUGAAUGUCAAAAGGGAUUUUGUUAACGCGCCGACAGGGGGCUGAAGGUGUUUUUUUUCGAAUAUCGUCGCACCACAUUUUCAGUGUGAGCAAUGUAUGAACAAAUGUGCGCUCUUGAUUUUUUAAAAAUGUCGUCUUUUCCACACACUUUUUUUUGCAUUGUAUUUAUUUCACACUGUACAAUGCAUCUGGAGGAGAAGGUAUGGAGUCAGAGUCCAAUUAAAAGCUCGACAACAUCCACAUUCAGAUGACACGGCAAUUGGUUUUUAAAUAAAAGGUUUGGGUUAGAAGUGGUAUGCAGGUCUUAGAUGCGAUUCUAAUCUGUUCAUUUGUGCCAUUGACCACAUGUUUAGAUAAUACACUCACUUCCUAUUUAUGGGAUCUAUUUUAUUUUAUUUUUUAGACAUGAACUGUUGAUUUUCCCAUUUGGUAAACCUUUUGUCAGAAAACAGUGAAGGGAUCUGGAAUUUUCUGUUGGCUGUAAGGUAAAUGUUCCACUGGAUGUGACCCCCCACAGCAGGUUUCCAUUUUACACAAAGAAGGAAAAUGGGCAAUCGCUGUUUCAGAUGGUAGAAAUACCUUUUUUACAAUACAUUUUUAUGGUUUCUUUUUCCAGGAUCUUGGUACCGUCAAUAUCUCUCGAUAUGAAAGACUUCUUCUCACCUGUUUGACGUAUUUAUUUGUUGAUUUGAAAGAAAAGAAGUAAUUUAACAGAUGAUGGAUUAUGGGGGAAAAAGGCUCUUUUGUUUGUUGUCAUUCAUCAGUGGGAGCAUGAACAGUUCGCUUCAGAGGGUUUUGAAGACGAAACUGAUGUUUGUUCAAAUUAAAGAUUGGAGUCCACUGAUAAUUUCAGAGACGUACUUGAAAUUGUAGUUGCACCCUAACUAAACUGUACAGGAAAAGCUUUCUGUGCGAUGUUUGGCGACGCAGAAACAGGGAUUGUUUGACUUAAUUUUUGCCUUGCCACCAUCAGCAUUUGAUUUUGUUGCCUUUGUAGAACAACGUGUGAUUGCACAGUGAUUUAUUUGUUGCAUUUAGCUCUUCACGGCACUGAAAAAUGAGUUGUUUUCAGUGAUUCGCGUGUCUCUACUGCCCUUGUGGUAUUUCUUUCUGCUUUCUUUUUUUUUUUGGUUUCUUUUGCUUUGUUAUGUAGAGAAAAGCUCAUAGGGUGUUUUUUUUUUUUAAGGUCAAAAUUCAUUCUCUCUGCCUGCUUUGGUUGGUGACAGUAUGUCAAGAAUCAGUUUAGUUUACCGGCCAUCAUAAGUGACAAAGAUAGCACCGUUUUACUGACAAAGUCUACAGAUGAAGAAUUAUUGUAAAGUGUCAUUUUCACGUGAAUAUCACUGACUUUUUGGGUUUUUAAAAGGAAAAAAAAGAAGAAACAACGUUCUUUCUGUCGAUAUUUUACCAGGAUUAAACGGAAACCAUGCAAUGGUUUCUGGACAGCAGACUCCUGAUAGGAUCGUGGAAGUCUCUGUGUACAAGCUCAUGCAUGGUCAAUAUGGUCUUCAUGCACCUUCUAUAACUGCAUGUGGUAUUGCAUGAGGAUUGCACUGUAAACAAAAUAGCAUAUUUGCAAGACCAGUUUUGUUCCAUGUUUUCUUUUCUUUUUUUCUUUAGUACAUGUACAUAAUGUUUACUUAAACGUUAUUCUUGUACUGUGCCACAUAAUGUAAUGUACAGGUGAAGAUACAAAUGAUGUGAUUAUCUUGAAGCAGAUAUUUAGUAUAAUAUCCAGCACAGAAAUAUUCAGUAAGGGAAUACUUGAAUACUAAUCAGCACAGUUUAACAAUCUGGGCAGUGCAAACAAACAUUAAUCUUACAAGCAUCUUGCAUAAUAUGUAAUCCAUUGUCUUUAAUUUAUUAAUGCAACAGAGAAUUACUGAGCAAAGCAGGUUUCAUGGUAAUGGAGAGCCCAGUGCUGCUAAGAGCUACAUGGAGGCUUUUGCUGUUUUAAUGCUGUUGGAGGGAUUUAUGAGUAGGUGUUAGUGACAUUCUGUGAAUGUACUGAACAUGAGCAAAUAUUUGGCAUUUACAAUUUCAUUUAUUCUUGACAAUAAAUACCAAUUUGACUGCU